CUUGCAGAGUAUUAUAGUACGAACUUUCGCUCGCGCACGCGUUUCUCGCGUCUGUAGAUUUAUUUACUCCAGCUUGUAACAUUAUUCGUUCGUCAUAUUUAUUCGAAUUCUGCGUGAUAUUGUUUGAAUUAAUUUAUAAUUAACUUUACAAGUGAUGUGGAUGAUAUUAAUAAAUAACUAAUUGAAUACUGUUCGGCUAACAUCAAAAGUAGCAGUUAAAAAUGUGUAAAGUUUUAAGAGCAAUUUUUUCGUACGUCCGUUUGUUUAUAGACUAUGUCAUUGACUUUUUCUUCUCCCUCUAUUGGGAGGGAAAGAAGAAACCUAUACCGGAUUUGCAGAAGAAAUAUGCGUAUUUGGCGGAUAGUGCUUGUACGUUGGCAAGAAAGAUAAAAAAUAAAGAGUUGAAAUCGGAGGAAUUGGUUCGAGCAGUUAUUGAAAGGAUUAAAGAGGUGAAUCCAGUCCUAAAUGCAGUAGUCUGCAAUAGAUAUGAGGAGGCAUUAGCUGAAGCACGGGAAGUGGACAGACUCAUUGCUGGUGGACUAUCUCCAAAAGUUGAGGAGGAGAAACCUUUCUUAGGCGUUCCGUUCACCACAAAAGAGAGUCAAGCCGUCAAAGGCAUGAAUUUAACUAUGGGUCUGUGGGCGCGGCGUAACGAGAGAGCUGAUGAAGACAGCGAGGCUGUGGUGUUAUUGAAGAAGGCCGGGGCCAUACCACUAGCUUGCACCAACUUACCUGAAUUGCUAAUAUGGCCGGAGACUAGGAACCCAGUAUAUGGUACCACCAAUAAUCCUCACCACACAGGCCGCUCGCCAGGAGGCUCCAGCGGCGCUGAGGCAGCAUUGAUGGCUACUUAUGCAACUCCCAUCAGUUUAUGUUCGGACAUUGGUGGUUCAAUUCGGAUCCCGGCAUUUUUCUGUGGUAUGUUUGGUCACCAUCCAACAGCUGAUACCACUAAUCUGAGAGGUGUAUUUUAUCGUAAGGGUGAUGAAGGGCCGUCUAUGUUUGCGCUCGGCUUUAUAACGAAGCACGUAGAGGACCUUGCCCCCCUUACUAAAGUGGUAGCUGGAGAUAAAGCUGGCCUUCUUAAUUUGGACAGGAAAGUUGAUAUUAAGAACCUCAAAUACUACUAUAUGGAGACGAGUUAUGAUUGUCAGGUCAGCCCAAUCAGGUCAGAGCUGAAAGCUGUUAUGCAAAGGGUCGUAUCAAAAAUUAGGCGGGAUGUUACCACGGCCGCCAACCCUCCCCAACCUUAUCAUCACGAAGGAUUCAACUAUAUGUACCGGCUCUGGUUAUACUGGAUGAAUAAGGAACCCCAUAAUUAUUCCAGUAUGUACAACAAUGGUAAAUCGGAACCUAACGCCAUAGUGGAACUCAUUAAAAAGAUGCUCUUUAUGAGUAGGCAUUGUUUUUUUACUAUAAUGCAAUUAUUGGAGAGUCAAGUGUUGCCAAGUAUCAAAGCUGACUGGGCAGAAAAACUAACAAAGGAUCUAAAAGACGAUUUAUUUUCCAAGCUUGGCAAUGACAGCGUGCUACUGUUACCGUGUUCUCCGUACGCGACGCCCUACCACUACACGUUCUACUUGCGGCCAUACAAUAGCGCGUAUUUCUCUAUCGUCAAUGUACUCAAGAGUCCUGCUACACAGGUACCAAUUGGCGUAAACAAGAAGGGUCUGCCACUCGGUAUCCAGGUAGUGGCAGCUCCGCACAACGACGCGCUGUGUUUGGCCGUCGCGAAGUAUUUAGAAAGAGAGUUCGGCGGUGCAGUCAUGGCCUGCAGAAUACGGCAAUAGGAAUAAAACUGCCAUUGUGGCGUUUUAUACAAUAAUUAGGGAACUUGUCAGUUUUGAUUAUAUAAUUUAAUAUAUAUAGUUAUAAAGCGACUAUAUGUUUACUAUAAAAGUACUUGUAGGAAUAUAAAAAUACCCUUUAUAUAUAAAUAAACAAAUUUUAUCUCUUC